AUGGUGGGAACAUUUGUUAGUUCUGUGAAAGAAGGAUCAGUAGCUGACAUGAUGGGAGAAUUGCAGACAGGUGAUGAGAUUCUCGAAUGGAAUGGGCACACUUUGCGCGGUUUGCAUCAAGAAGAGGUCUCUGAGAUCUUGGCUCUUUCCCGAAACACUGAUGAGGUCUGGCUCACCGUUCAGCGCAUCAUUGAGUACGUAUUGCCUGAUUUCAUUUUGUAUCUUAUUGAAAACUAG